UUGUACAUGGACAAGCGCCGUAGAUCACGUAGCAUGCGCUUCAUCAGCAACUUUCUGAACAGGCGUGUACCUGAGAUGUCAUUCAAACCUUUAUUGUAACUUAUGGAAGACAAAGCUAUUGUCGCUUCUGAGAAUGUCUGCAAAGGCUUUGUGUCAACAUGUGGCCAGGCUACACAAUCUCUCUGUAGCCCGGCAUACACAGUUCCCCGGGGCUCGGCUUCUGCACAGCGCUUACAGAGAACCUGAAACAAAGUCACUUGAGGAGGAGGAGGAGGAGGAGGGGAGGGAAAGUGUACUUCCCAAGAGCUACAGGUUACAAUACAACCCUUCCUCUUACCGUCAGUCCCGAUGUGAUCCUGGACCCUCCCUGGGCAGGUUGGAGAUGGAGGAGGAAGAACAUUGUCGCCCCACCAUCACCUCGACCUUCAGGCAGCAGAGUAACCACUACAGUGUCAGCUCCUCGCGCCGCCUCUCCAGCACCAAGAAUAGUCUGGUGGACCUGGCCUUCAACAUGGCCCCCGGUGCUACAGUUGAAAAAGUGUCAAAUUAUCGCACAAAACCCCUAUGCCCAGACGUCAAAACCGACCCCCGUGCUUUCCAGAGAUGCCGUCAAGAGUACUCAGCCAUGACCCUUGACCUGUCCCAGCGGCCUUUCCCAAUCCAAUCCAAGCAGGCCUUCCUACUGUUAAACAAAGUGGCCGUCCUGAAGGGCAGCAUGGAACCUGCGGAUGUAACCGGUUUUCUUUCCAAACUUAGCCACCUGCACCAAGAGCAGGCACCCUUGGUGAGGGAAGACACGCGUUUCAUCAUGCUGCUCCGCUACGCAGUGGAAAACCUGCGCUACUUCACCAACUCCCAGCUGCUAGAGGUGCUGACGUCUUUUGUGUGGCUGGGCCUGCCCUCCACCCACAGCAUGCUGGGGCUUUAUGAGGCCGAACUGUGCCGCAGGGCUGGGGAGCUGGGACUCCACGAGCUACUGCUGGCAGCAGACCUCUGGCGCUGCCUGGGCAGGGCCGUGCCACAGUACCUGCAGUGCCUCUAUGACAGUGCCAGCCUGCACUUAUCCCAGGUAGGUGUCCCGGAGCUGGUUCAGCUUAUGUAUGUGAUUGGGGAGGGCAGGCGCUGCCCCACAGAGUUAGUUCAGCCCUUAGAGCAGAUACUGCAGCGUAACCUGCCACAUCUGGAGCCAGAGGAGAUAGGCACGGUGUGCCUGGGGCUCUUCAAGUCCCAGACGACCCUCUCGGCGGGAGUGGUGAAAAGGCUUGUGGACAGGGCCCACUCGGUCGUGUACGAGAUGAGUGACUUUGCCGUGGUGAACGUGUUGAAGCUACUGCGCUUCAGCUACUUGGACCAUCAGGUUUGGCUGGAGGUCAUGGCGCACGAGGUGCCUCGACGGGCACCCGGCAUGGGUGUCCAGGCGCUGAUGCAUGUGGCGCUGACCUGCUCUGCUCUGCAUUACCGGGACGAACGCAUCCUCCUGGCUGUGGCCAAGCGUCUGCCGUCGUUGGCGCCACACUGUCGGAGCAAGGACGCGGGCAAACUGAUGUGGGCAUUUGGGAGCCUGGGGGUCUCUCCCAGCCAAUGCCCGGACUUCUACCCCAGCCUCAUUGAGGCUGUCCGGCAGAGAGAAGCUGAGUUCCAGCGCUAUCCUGAACACCUCCUCACCGGCCUCCUCGGCCUGGCUUUCACCUGUCAGUUCCCGGAGGACCUAUUGGCUUUAGCAUUGAGCCCUGAGUUUGUUAGCCUAGCCUCCAAGUCCAGACAGUUGGAGCUGAAGAAGGACUUAUUCACUCUAGAUGGGACGGUGGCGUUAGAGCUGCCUCACUGGACGGGCCCACGGCUGAGUCGAGAGCUGCGGGAGGAGACAACAGAGAUGCUGUGGCGUUUUGCCCAGAAGGAUGUGUGUCAGAAAGCAGAGGUCCUGGAAGCGGAGGAUGUGUUACGGAACCUCCUAGGCGGAGAGCAGUUUGUGAGCAAACGGAUGAUCCUUCCCCACACCCGCUCCAUUGACUUAGAGGUGCAUUUAGACCCAGGUGGACAGGUGCUGCCUUUGACCUCAGUGCAGACACACUGCCUAACCUCCUCGGAUUUGAGCACUUCCUCCUGCUCGUCAUCUCAGGGCUGGGAGAAGGUCAACACAGGAAUAACUCUCACCGAAGACCUUUUAGCAGAACUCACCAAUGGCAGGAAAACCAAGACCCCCCUUCCUUCAACCCAAGCUGCUCAGCGGCCCCUCCUCCAAAGGACAGAGCCGGAUGAGGGAGGGAGGCUGUUCAGUGUGGGAGUUGACCUAACAGAUGGACUUAUAGGAGCUCUCAUCAAACGUGGCAACCCAGCCCCCAGGGGCAACCACAAAGACUCUAAAUCCCCUGUCCGACUGGCCAUCCAGGUGACCAACCGGAACCACUUCUGCUAUCACUCUGAGAGGCUGCUGGGGCUGCACGCCAUGAAGAGAAGGCAACUGGUGCUGUCUGGGUACCGAGUGGUGGAGCUGCCUCACCGUGAGUGGUUCCCCCUUCUGAGGCGCACCAGAGCGGAGAAAAUGGCCUACAUGCACUGCAAGGUUUUCGGCACGCUAGAUUGACACGUCUUCACGUGUUAAAGGGCCUGGUUGAUAUUGAAGUUGUGCUAACCCCUCCAGUGAUUGUAGAUGUCUGAAUUCUAAAGGAGUUGAGGCUAAGAACAGAAAUCAAACUGGACACUGUUGUCUUUUAUUCUAGGCUUUUGGACAAUCCUUUUUAUGAGGCUGUUGCAUAUUUGUGUCAGGAUCAAUGUUCAGGAAGUAAGUUAUGACCACAAAAGUUUGAACAAUAGCAAAUUGUUACUUCUAGGUGUUUGUUGUCUGAGACUGGUGCAUUUUAGGCUUUUAGACUAAAUUGUUAAAAAGGAUAUAUAACAGGGAUCCUCCAACUAUGCCAAAGUAACCUUAACUCAAAUGUAUGAACUAUUGCUGAAUUUGCAGUAAAACAGUUCCCUGUUGUUAAUAUUUGAAGUAAUCUUAUUAAAUGGUCCAUAAGAAAGGUUCUGAUGAUGUCUUCUCUCUGACCUUUAGAGAACAAAUAUCAGUGUCAAAAGAUCCAAAAUGCUUCUGGGCAUGUAUUUAUUCUCUAUACGAGGUCUAAUGAACAAAAAGCUCCCCAGCCGCUACGUUAAAAUUAUCUCUGUAAAUUCCAUUUCAUUUGGUGAUAUUACAAUAACGUUGCCACGUCAGGCCUCGUUAACAUGUUUUUGUUGGAAAUAUAAUAUUCAACAGAGCAGUUAGUCAAAGGCUUAUAACCUCUAGGUUUUUCCAUUUCCCUUUUUUCUGCCCCAUUUCCCACCGAGUCAAGCUGUCUGUAGAGUUCAUGCCGUCCCCCAAUGUGAUGGUCAUGCCAGGUAGGCUAGUGGUUCUCAUAUCUCCUGGGGAUCCUUAGCCAUUCCAUGUAUUAGAUUAUACAAAAUCACCUUGUUUAUGCAUUAGAUGUUACAAAAUCACCUUGUCUAUUAAUUAUCAAGCCCUUGACUACUUGAUGCAGGUGAGCUAGUUUAGGACUGGAACAAAAUUGAGAUGUCACAGGGUUCUCCCAGGAGAGGUUUGAGAAGCACCGAUAUAGGGCUUGGUUUAAGCCUUCCCUACAUCCAGCUGUAUUUUCUUCAAGCUCUGUAUUUCUGGUUCACUUUGUUCUCUCACUCACAUUCCCGCCUUGUAUUUUAGUUUUACCAUUUAAUAAAGUUUAUCAGCAAUUCAUAACAGGAUCUUCAAUUUAAGCCCAUGUACCCUUUUGUAAUGAAGAUAUUGAAAUGCAGAUAUUCAUGAGUGACUGAUUGUUCAUACACUUGGUUCUCCAUAUAUGAGUUGUUAGUGUGUGUGGGGGCGACAUAGUAAUUGGAUGUCAAGUGUACACAAUUAGGAACACUGAACAAUAUCAGGCAACUUCAUGACCAGAAUUGAUUCAGCUUUAUUCAUCCAGGUGUGUUCUUGAGGCAAGAAGUAGGUCUGUCUAAAAGGAUAGCAUUGGUUAUUUACAGCAGUUUCUAUUUUGCUGGCUUUAACUAUUUUUCCCUUUCUUUAUGAAUAAAUUAUAAAUGAUAAACAAGUUCCAUCAACUUGAAUGUUUUUCACAUUUCUCAUGACAGUGUUCAUUUCCAUUUUAGUUACAUUACAUUUUAGUAAUUUAGUGCAAGUGUUUUCAUAUCGGGGUCUGUGAAACCAAAACAAUUAGCUCAUUUUUAUAUAAUUAUUAUAGGCCACUUGUAGCAUUUGAAUGUACAAUAUUACUGAUAAUCAUAGUCGUCCUAAUCAGUUUUAUGAUUGUAUUCAAGUUAUUUUUUAUUCUU